UGGGACUCACAAGCCAAGUCUUAUUUCUCGUCCUAGAAAGACGUCCAAUGCAGAGUGGACAGAAACAAAAUGAAUGCGUUAACAUGCUUCAUGUUAAUCGUGAUAUUAAUAAGUGGAUUGGUUUCCAGAGUGAAUAGUGAAGUGUGUUCUGACACCAGUGUGAAGUAUGUUGUGGACAUACACACGGGAGACAAGUGGCUUGCAGGAACAGAUGCCGAUGUCUUCAUUCAGUUUAUUGGUCCAAAGGGCACUACGGCAAAAUUACCACUGGGUGGUAGUUUUGAACGAGAUGACAGAGACACAUCUGAGGUUGGAUAGUUUAUUUCAUUAAUUAUAUUGUUUGUUGAACAGCGGGGUAUGCACUUUGGAUUUAUUACUUGUCAGUCGAGCCAAUCAUAUCGCUUGAACACUGGACCAUACGGUUUUUGACAAGCCUGAAUUCAUACACAAACAUUACUUAAAUUGCACUAUAAAACCUGUUAUCACUUUUGGGGGCUUAACAGUUAUAAGAUUCAAUAUAUAUUGGGGUCGGAUAUAAAUGCAUUUCUAAUCAUACUCUGUCCCAACAUUCUCUACAUUUAUAUAUGUCGUGUAUGCAUGCGUGUGUGCAUGCUCGUGUUUAAUGUGUUUAAUAACUAAACACUCAAGUUCAUUUUUUAUGUAUUUUUUAAUUCGUCGUAACUUGAAUAGAUAUUAUAAAUAAUAAUAAAUGUGUAUGUGUAAGAGACCAGUGGAAAGUCUAUUAUUGUCUGUAAUGAAAUAGACUAGUUUAAAGUCUGGGUUAUUUUUACUGGCUGCAAUGCAUUUCAUUAUGUGCAUUAUACGGUGGCACGUGCAUUGCGAGGGCAGUGAUCUCCAGCCAAUGGGAGACGGCUGCACUGCAGUGAGAGACAAAUAAAAGCGGUUAGCGACGAGUGUUCGGAGUCUUCCGCUGGGAACGUGAUUGGGUCGGUAGGUAAAACCGUAUGAGUAAAUGUUAGGUUAAUUGGGGCUGGGGGUGGUCGUAAUUUACUGUAGUUGUUAUUUAAUACAUUCGACAGUGAACACUGCGAUUAUAUGUUAUGUUUUGUGUUUUGAUAAUUAUGUACUAAAUAUUAUUAUUUCAAUUGGUGUUUUGUGUUUUAUUACAUGUAGUAAUUACGGCAUCCGGAUGAAUUUCGAAUCUGCGUGGAUGAGCGCCCGUGAGGGAGCCUUCAUCUCCUGUCGACAUUCACUUGUUGAGGGUUGAGGGGAGAUUGACGCUCACUCGUGGCCGUUCCGUCCUCGUUGAUGGUGUUAUGUAUUUAAACAUACAUGCAAGUGUUACAAUUUAAACAGUGACUCAGUCUGAUGUGACUCUUUGGUAUACGCAUUGGUUAUCUCCCCUCUGUACUAACUCUUAAAUAAAAAAAAGAAAUAAAUAUCAGUAGAGCAUGGUCACGAAUGACUUUGUCCAAUGUCAUUUUAAUAUUUAACAACUGACGACGAGGAUAAAACUCCUAAGUAAGUGCAAUGGCCAAUAUUAUUGGACACAUAGAAGAGUUUAAUCCCAAAACUCAAGACUGGGGUACGUACGCUGAGCGUUUAGGCCACUACUUUAACGCGAACAGUAUUGACAAUAACAAAAAGGUGUCGACCCUACUGUGUCUUAUUGGGGGCAACACAUACACAAUUUUGCGCAAUCUCUUGGCUCCGGAGAAGCCUACUGACAAAACAUAUAAACAGUUAAUUGAUGUUUUGGCAACACAUUUCUCACCAAAACCGCUUGUUAUUGCCGAACGAUUUAGAUUUCGGAAACGAAACCAAGAACAUAAAGAAACUGUCACCGAUUACGCAGCUGUUUUACGGCAGAUGUCGCGAUAUUGCGAAUUCAAUGCAGUGUUAGAUGACAAUUUGCGUGACCAGUUUGUUUGUGGGUUAACAAGUGAAGCUGCACAGAAACGUUUAAUAACUGAGGAAGAACUUUCCUUCAAUAAAGCACUAAAGAUUGCACAUUCUAUGGAAACCGCAGUAAAAGAUAUUGGUGAACUAAAGUUAAACGUGAAUCAUUCAUCAGAAACACCUGUGUACAAAGUACAAAAUUAUUCAAGACCGCAAAAUCGCGCAAAUAUGCAAAAGUGUCGUCACUGUGGCAAAACUAACCAUGCCUGUAAAGAUUGCUGUUUCCAGAACAGCAACUGCAAUUCGUGUGGAAAGAAAGGACAUAUUUCUACUAUCUGUCGAAGUAAAAAGACGAAGCCAGAAAAAUUUAAGAUGAGUCUACAGAAGUCUAAAAAAGUGCAUCAAGUUGAUGAAUCGAAAUCGGAUUCUGAAUCUGAGAGUGAUGAAACAGCAUUGUUUUAUACAACACAAAAAAGAAAAAGUGAUGUCAUAUGGGUUCAUCCCAAAGUUGAGGGUGUUGAUUUUCCCAUGGAGCUGGACACAGGUUCUGCACUAUCCAUAAUAUCCACAGAAUAUGACUGGAAGAUUGUGGCAUGAGAGCAGAGAAAAACAAAUGUUUCUUUUUCAAGGAUUCAUUAGAAUACCUUGGACACCUCAUUGAUUCUGAAGGGUUGCAUACCACCAAAGAAAAAGUUGAGGCAGUUACAAAUGCACCGGUUCCUGAAAAUGUGACGCAGUUAAGAUCAUUCCUGGGAAUGUUAAACUACUAUCACAGAUUUCUACCAAGUUUGGCAUCAGUCAUAAAGCCAUUAAAUCGACUGUUGGUUAAAGAUCAAAAGUGGAAUUGGUCAACAGAAGUGAACUCAGCAUUUGAGAAAGCUAAAACAAUGUUAGCAUCGUCGAAUGUUCUUGUUCAUUACAACCCAACCUUACCAAUUACCUUGGCUUGUGAUGCUUCGCCAUAUGGAAUUGGGGCAGUGUUAUCACACAUGUGUGACGACAUCGAAAAGCCCAUUGCAUUUGUUUCUAGGACAUUAACAAAAACUGAACAGAAAUAUGCUCAAAUUGACAAAGAGACUCUUGCGUUAGUGUUUGGUGUGAAAAAGUUCCAUCAGUAUCUGUACGUUCGGAAAUUCACUCUCGUUACUGAUCAUCGUUCACUCACGAAAAUAUUUGGCUCAAAAACGGGAAUUCCAACAUUGGUGGGCUAUUUGCUUAGCCGCUCAUGAUUAUGAAAUCGUGUAUAAAAACUCUGAAAAGUAAUGCAAAUGCGGAUGGACUUUCGCGACACCACUGAAGUUUGCACCAAAUGAAAAAUGUCACACCGUAGAUAUAUUCAAUAUUUCACAAAUUGAACGCUUGCCAAUCAAAGCAGAUGACAUUCGGAAAUAUACCCGAAAAGAUCCAACAUUAUCCAAAGUGUUGGACUUGACCCAGACUGGUUGGUACAAGACACAAGAUUCAGCAUUACAGCCAUACUUCAUUCGUAAAGAUGAAUUUACAAUUCAUCAAGGUUGCUUGAUGUGUUGCAUGCGUGUGACUGUACCACCCAAACUUCAAUUACAAGUUUUGGAAGAACUUCAUAGUGCUCACAGUGGAAUUGUGAAAAUGAAGGAACUUGCAAGAAGUUACUUUUGGUGGCCUAAACUUGAUUCUCACAUAGAGGAUUUGGUUAAGUCAUGUGAAGAGUGUCAGCAGAUUCAGAAAAUGCCGGGACCAGCCCCAUUGCAUCCAUGGUCUUCUCCUGAUGCUCCAUGGAAAAGGUUGCAUAUUGAUUUUGCCGGACCUUUUCAUGGCCACAUGUAUUUAGUUGUGGUUGAUUCUCAUUCUAAAUGGCCGGAAGUGUUUAUCAUGAAAGCCACAACUGCAGAGAAGACUAAUGAAAUUUUGAGAGGAUUGUUUUGUCGUUACGGUUUGCUCUUGCAAAUUGUCAGCGAUAAUGGACCACAGUUUGUUUCAGCAGAGUUCAAGUACUUUCUAGAGAUGAACGAAGUACAGCAUAUUCUUAGUGCUCCUUAUCACCCAGCCACAAAUGGUUUAGCAGAACGGUUUGUUCAAACUUUUAAACAUGCCUUGCGUAAACUCAAGUCAGCGGAUAAUCUACAACAAAAACUGUCUGCAUUUUUGCUCACAUAUCGAAACACAUCGCAUUCGACUACAUCAGAAUCGCCUGCUAUGCUGUUGUUGGGAAGACGACUAUGUUCACGUUUGGAUUUGCUGAAGCCCAAAUUGGCAGUAACAGUGCAAAAGCGACAACAUGGUCAAAUCAGUGCUCGAGAGGGAAGAAGAAAACAACGAAGUUUCAGUGUAAAUCAACCUGUUUAUGUUCGAAACUACAGGGAAGGUUCUAAGUGGGUAACAGGAUCGGUAGUAGCCAAAACCGGCCCUGUGUCAUAUCAAGUUGCAAUUUCACCUAACAUGAUAUGGAAACGUCAUGUUGAUCAGUUAGUGACGAGGUCUCCAUCAGAUUCAGUUGAUGUUGUGCAUAGUAGGGGUGUAGUACUGUGUUCUGAUGAUCAUCAUAGUGUUAUCAGUGAAUCAAAAGAUGACACUAGUGAUGUGCAGUGUCGUUAUCCUGUGCGCAGUGAUCGGAAACCUCCGAUUCGUCUUGACUUGUGAAAUUUUGUUUGAAAAAAAUAAAAACAGUGUCUUAAUUACUUUGUUAAAACCUUUAUUUAGCAUUAAGUAAAUGGUUAAUUACUUACUAUAACAUUUAUUUGACACUAAGUAAAUGCUUAAUUACUUUAAUAUUAACAAUUAUUUUGCAUUAAGUAAAAGCAGUUUCUGAACAUAUAUUCCAAGGGAAGUGAAUAUACUGAACAUUGUGUUAUAACUCGAUUCCAUGAGAACUCUUAAGUUAGUUUUUUAUUGUCUAGUUAUUUUCUGUUCUUCUAUCAAAAGCAAAUACUAAGCAGUUGUGUGUAAGCUGUUGUCCAUCUUCACAUUUAAGCAGGGAGGAGAUGUUAUUUAUUUAAACAUACAUGCAAGUGUUACAAUUUAAACAGUGACUCAGUCUGAUGUGACUCUUUGGUAUACGCAUUGGUUAUCUCCCCUCUGUACUAACUCUUAAAUAAAAAAAGAAAUAAAUAUCAGUAGAGCAUGG